AUGGCCGCUACCAUGCCCAAGUGCGCUGCCGAAGCAACGCCGAAAGAUGAUCCAGUGAAUGUCCUGCCUCAACACCGCCGCCCCCGAGUCCGGGCAUUGGACUGCGAAAUGGUGGGCGUGGGGUUUCGCGGCAAACGCUCGGUGCUGAUCCGGGUGUCUGUGGUGAGUCGCCAUGGAAAGGUCCUACUGGACUGCCUUACUGAGCCUGAAGAGGAGGUCACUGACUGGCGCACCGCCUACACCGGCGUGGAUGCGGAGAUUUUUCGGGAGAUUCAACAGGGAUCUACCCGGUAUGAGCCACAGCUUCCCACGCUGGUGCUUCCUACACCGCUUGCCAGGGCCAAAGUCAAUGCCCUGCUGGAUCAGGUGGUGGUGGUGGGCCAUGACUUGCGGCACGACUUCCAUCUGCUGCAGCGCGGGAAGGGCAGCGUUUUCCCGCAGCCGCGGCACAUGACGCGCGACACGGCCUUCUCGCCACUACUGAAAGCGGGCCUGGAGCGGCCGCCGCUAGGGCUCCCGGGGCUGAAAACCUUGGCGGCGAGUUGGCUGGGCGAUGCAUCGCUCCAUUGCGGGGCACAUUCCUCGGUCGAGGAUGCCAGGGUCGCCAUGCUCCUCUACCGCCUGCUGGCCCCGCAGUGGGAGAUCUACGACCUGCGACGCUACGGGGCGCCAGACUGGACGGCCUUCGGUCGCUUCGGUCGCCGGGCGAAGGUCAAGGUGCGUGGCAAAGGCGGCAUGGCAUGGAACCGGAGGAUGUGA